AUGGUUCCUGUCGCAACUCGCCCUUCGAUGAAUCUUGCCUCGGGCGAGAAGCUAUGGUCAAACAUCUUUCAACAGAAAGUUCCCGAUGAUCAGAAGCUCGCCUUCCAAAAACUCAUACAAGAGCUUGUCGAACAGCAAAAAGCUGUACAGAAAUUAUGGAAAUAUGUGGUCCUAUUUAUUCUUAUCGGCCUUCUAGCAUUAAUUUUCUUCUAUUUUCUUACAUGUUGGUCAGACUAUUUGGGCCUGCUUGAGACCAAGUAUAUCAUUCGAGCCGAGAUCUACGAAUCAGAAUCGCCGACUUGCUUGAUGGUUUCCGUUAAAGCGCUCGGGGAACCGUCUUCACAAAUGAUUGAAAAAGCUGCUGGACUUAUGGGCAUCGUUGCUUUCGUCAUGCUUUUCAAGGGUGUUCGCUUGGGUUGGAAUAUUUGGAAAGUACGCGAGGCUACUGUCAGUCCCGAAGAUCUGCAGAAUAAUCCGAUAGAAGUAUUAGCACAUACACUUCGCAAGGAUUUCCUAAACCACAUAGCUGAGUCGGGCCUACUGUGUUAA